AUGGCGGACGCAGACAUGCUAGCCUUGGACCAUCUACGGCGCGGCGACUCGCUCGCUAUCAAGACAUUCAAAGGCCUGGACGGGCGCCAGGCAUCAGACACAACGAAGGCAGAUAUCUUCGAAGUAAAGGAUGGAGAGGGAAAGCUAUACCCGGGCCUGGACGACGAUGGGCUACGGAAGUCUCUUCGAGAUGAUGCGCCAGGGUCGAGAAGCGGUCGACGACUCCGUAUCAUCUUCCUGGACGGCGAUGAAAGUAACGCUGAGAGGUUUCCCAUCACCUCCGAGUCUCUGAAAUUUGUUCACGACACCUACGACAUAGCACCUCGCUUCUCAUUCUACCUGUCAAGACAGCAGAUGGCGGGCUCCUCAAUGCAUUACGAUCCAAUCACAAACGAAGAGACUCGGUGCCAGUUCUGGUACAGCGUCGUGCUGCGGACGAUGACGAAACACGACCCUACCACCACAGACAACUCUCGCCGAGUGAUGAAUUGGAUACGGUGCUGUAUAUGGGCAGACUUCAACGCUACCACUGGCGACUCGACCGUAUUUGCUUUGCACUUCCCGGUACAUAUGAAGAAUGCCUUCCUCGCAGAGUUCAGUGGCUCGAAUGGUGCUGUUCUACAGACACAUCCCAUGUUAUUGCAUGCAUCCUGGCUGGAGAGAAUGUGCACCCACACUCGUGACAUCAACUUGUGGUUCUUCGAGCCUCUGUACGAGGUCGAACACCAUGUCAAUCAGCUCAAAUCGCCGGCAGAUCUAUUCGACGCCUCGAGGAAUCUCACCAAGGUCUACAGGCAGAUCCGUCAGGUACUGACCGACUACGAAGUCUUCCUCGUCACGGCGAAGUCCCAACGUAAAGUCAACGAGGCCAUGGAGCGACUUUUGCAAAAGCACGCCGAUCUCAACAACCGUCCACCGCCGAGCAAGGAGCUACAGAAUCAACUUCACCUUUCUUUCAAGCAAGUUCGGCGAGAGCUGAAGCUGGGCAAGGUGUAUUUGACGUUGUACCUUGAACGGUGCAACACUGGUAUUGCGGACAUGCAGUCGGUCUCGACACAGCACUCCGCUGAGAUCCAAUUGAAGACUUCAAAAGAAUUCACUCAGAUCUCGCGGGACUCUACAGAGGACAACCAGUCUCUCAGAGCGAUACAAAUCAUGACAGCACUCUUCCUGCCUCCAUCGCUUAUCAGCUCUCUCUUCGGCAUGGGCUUCUUCAGUACCGACGCGGCAGACGACGGAGAAAGAGUCAUCUUUUCGGUUGCAAAGACGUGGUGGUGGUAUCCUGCGAUCACUCUACCACUGACCGCUAUAGUCCUCAUUUUCGUCUGCAGAGAGUGGAUCACCUGGCAUCCUCAUCGGAAACGAUUCGUCUGGAAGCGUCGACCAUCGACCGAAGGCGACGUUGAGAUGGGUGUGUACAAAACAUCUUAG